UCAAGUACGGUCAAGUACCAGAGCGUACUAGAGCGGUACCAGAGCUAUAGUCCUUCUGACUAGUAACAAACAGCUGGUGUGUACAAUAUGGCGGUUGUUGACGUGAUAAGACAUUACCAACGAAGCAUAGAAAAAUGGCCAGAAAACAAAGAAAGGAUGCUACACUGCCUUGGCAAGCUGUUCCAUCUGCCCAUAACCGUUCAGCACCUUCAAGACACGGGCAUUGGGCGUACUGUGAAUGCACUCCGCAAGUAUGAUGGUGACACUGGUGAAGCAGCCAAGGCUUUGGUGUCUAAGUGGAAGGCACUGGUGGCUGCAGAGGAUUCAGGAGAGGGUGAAGUGGCACCGUAUCCUGAGCAGAACAACAUUUCGCCAAAAGAAGAAAGGCAUGCUCACAGACACAAUGAGCAUCAUAGAUCAAACAGAGAGAACAUAUCACAUCAGCAUCAUUCAGACAGCAAAAAGCACAAGGAAGAAGAAAAGCUGGUUAAGGUAAAAAGGAUGAGGAUUCAAGGUCAAAGUAAAAAACGAAGAUGUGAGGGAGAGAAUAGGAAGGUAACAGAAAAGAGAAGGCGGAAGGAUGAGAUAGACAGUGAAUCUUCAGGAUGUGAAAACAGUUUCCAAGCUGUGGAACAGGAGGACAGUGAUAGUGGUCAUGAUUCAGAGGCAAGGAGCUCUAGUCAGGUGAGCCAAAAUGUGGGGGACAAUAGUAGUGAUGAUGGUGCACAGUCUCUGUGUGUCCAGAGCCACAGCAGUAAACGUCAUGACUCCAACCGGAAGCAUGAGAAGCACAAAGUUACAAACACUUCAAGUAAAGAAAAAGGGGAUAGCAGUCGGAAGAGAGAUGGGAUCUCCUCCAGUCGUGAAGGCAGGAACAAGACUGAAAGUAAGGGUGUUGAUGAGAGCAAGGAAAGGAAAACUGUGAAGCAGAAAACAGACAUUAGAGUAGGCAAUAAAGAACACCACCAUAAUGACAGUAGCAAGAAACACAAAUCCAAAACUGGAUCACGUGCAAAUAACAUUCCUAACGUGUGUGAAUCACCAUCAAAGUUAGUUAAUUUAGACAAAACAUCUGCCAGGAUAAAGAAAGAAAAGCUGUCAGUGAACGACGAGGAAGAUGGCAGUAUCGACUGUUCAACAGGGGCGAGUUUUGCAGAAGCUCUUGGCAUGGUUGACCCAAUGGUCAAGAGGAAGCCACAUGCUACUGUGUCCUCACCAGGAAAAAGUGCGAAUGCUGGAAUUGUGCGCAAUGCUGCCAAACCUUGUGCUGAGAGUAGCAGUUCCCAAAAGAAAGAGAAGGCUGGUCCCAGCUUGUUCUCUAGUGAGUUCAAUUUGCUGUCUGCAAAUGUGAAAUUGGAACCACUGGAAAUGGAUGUUGAUCUGAACACAACACUCCCAGCCAUUAAUCCAAACUACAAACCUCUUCCGCAUUACAACCUUUUAGACUCUCCACCGCAUAGAAAGACAAAACACUUAACAGAAGAAGAAGCACUAAGCCAAGUAAUGUCCACGAAGAAUCAGAGAACCAAGGUGUAUUCAGGGGUCAAAAGUGGCAAAAGCUGGGCAAAUGUUCCCUCCCUGUAUGACAUCUGUGUCAGAGUGCUGCAGGAGAACAUUGAUGCUCUGGAGUACACAGGUGGGGUGCCAUAUGACCUCAUGAAGCCAGUGCUGCAGCACGCCACUCCAGAACAACUCUUUAUGCUGGAACAUCACAAUCCAUAUUUGAUUGAAGACACAGGAGACUUGUGGCAGUUUCACUGUCAGCGUGAGUUCCGCACAAAGCAGCGGCAGGACAUGGAAACAGCAAGAGAAAUGUACAUGAGGUGUUUGGAAGAGCGGGAAGCGAAGCUGAAAGCUCUGACUACUAAUAUUCAGCAGUCAAUAGCAAAGUCAACACCAGUCCGGCAAACAAAACUGGCUUAUGUGGAUAGUGUGGCAAAACCUCCUCGCAACGUUGCAAGGCAACAGGCAAAGUAUGGGACUGCUCGCGUUGCAAAGCCUAUUGCGGCACAGGCCAAGGCUGCUAGAGUGGCUGGCACAGGAGUCACUCCAGUUCCUGCUCCUACAAGACACAUUCAGACAGCUACCAAGGCAAAGCCUCGUAUGGCUCCACUGAUGCAGAAGACUAUGAAACUUGUUAAGAGCUUCAAGCGAUAAUCUUUCUUGGAGCUGCAAUGAAUUAUGCUGAGAUUGGAAAGUACUUCAGAAUGAGAGGAAGGACACAAGUAUGUAAUAAUAGCAAGCUUGUGCCGUAUCACUCUCUGCAGAUGUGUUUCCCACACAGGAUGUUUGCUUUCAUUUUAUACCUAGUAUGUUUGUUGAGGAUAUGUGUACUGAUGUGUACCGUGAUUGAAGUGCAUGUUCUUGUAUAUGCUGUAUGAGAACCAAGUAAUUAUUUGUCAUUUUAACAGACUGACCAUAACAGUAUCAGAAACCAUCAGAAUGGUAUGUCUCUGUUUCCAAACUUCUGAUUGGUACAGCAAAUUAAAUAUAAAUUGAAGUGUUGAUGCAACAGGUAUGUAGCCUCAUUUUCAUGAAUUUGUGUUUGGACUGCAUUCAGAGAUGAUGUAAAUGGUGCCAAAACAGUGCAUAUUGCUUGCUGAGUCAAAUGGUAAUAUGAAUGACAUUUUUUGAAGAUUCAGAGGUGCAUCCUUCUUGUGUGAGAGCCGUGUUGUCAUGCUGUUGUGCUUAAAACCAUUUUAUUGUUAUCACAAAUAUAAUUUGUUUUUGUGAAUAUUAUUAAAUAUCAUACGUUUAUGGAA